CAGUGCUGGAGGUGACGUGACGAUGGCGGAGCCAAGUGCAAAACGAUCCAGGCAGCCCAGACAGCCCACCUCGAGUGCCGUGCGUGGUUUUUUGAAAAAGUUUUCUUUGCCAGGUUCAGGCACUGAUCCUCUCGUCUUUUUCAGCAGCCAUCAUGACGAGCUCCGACAGGUUCUGCUCGAGGAGCUUCAGUCUCACCCUUUCAAGGUGGUUUUAGUUUUGAGGGUGGAGAUGACACGAGAGUCGGCCACGGGUAGUACGUCUGCCGUCCCGUUUUUUAGAAGUAGACCGGCUCGGAUCCUCAGCGAAGGGGACAUUGAUGGUGCAGUCAAGACGAUGGUGGCGAGGAUCACUGGUCUUAUUGAUAAGUGGAUGCAGAACGGAUCCAACUGGACCGUUUCUCGAGUGAGACAGCUGGAUGUGUCGACAGCAAAGUACACUCCUCUUCGAGGUGAGUUUCUGUUCAUCCGGCAAUGUUUGUUCGAAGCCUGUCGAAUUUCUUGUGGAAAGUUGUAGAUGUAUGUUUUGUACCAGAUGUACAGUUUUUCGUGAUUGUCGCGAGGGUGUAGUUGUGAUGUGGUGUUACUCUGAGCAAAGCCUUCGGUGUAUUUUUGUGGUGUUCUGUAGGUGGUGCAGCUGCUAUCCCGCCGAAAUUAGAAAAAAAGAAGGCCAUCAUUAACGUAAAGAACAACGAUGACAGGUGUUUGAUGUGGGCGUUGUUGUCAGCGCUGCACCCCGUCAAACAGAAUGCUGAGCGUGCAUCCAAGUACACCCAGUAUCUUGAGGAGCUGCGGUUCGACGGUGUAAUGUUCCCUGCAACGCUCCGUGAUGUAUCCAAAGUGGAGAUACAGAAUGGUCUUGCAAUCAAUGUGUUUGGGUACGAGGGGAAUCUGUACCCACUCUAUCUCAGCGAGCGACAGGAGACUCCCAUCAACCUCCUUCUUCAUGACAACCACUUCACAUGGAUAAAAAAACUUCAGUCGUGCAUGCGAGAAUAAGAACAGACAUGCCACACACUAUUGCUUCCGAUGCCUCUCCGCACACAAAACAGCAGACUCCCUGCAGCAUCACAGCGAGAGAUGUCAGGUGAUGAAGCCUGUGCCAGUAGUCAUGCCCACAGCAAAGGACAGCAUCCUCAAAUAUACAAAUUUGAAGCACAGGAUGGUGGCUCCAUAUAUCAUUUACGCUGAUACGGAGGCCAUCAUUGAGCCGAUGGAGGAACAGCAUGGCAGCAGCACUGUACGCACAGCCCGUCAUGUACCAUGCAGCAUCAGAUAUGCUGCCAUCCGAUCCAACGGUGAAGUCCGUGGCGAGUUUGACGACUGCAGUGAGAAUGCCAUUCACAACUUUUUCGACAGUCUCAAAGAGUUGGAAGGCAGUAUCCAGGAGGAUUUGGCUGAUAUCAAGCCAAUUCACAUGACGGCAGAACUGGAGCUUGAGUUUCAGAACGCAGUCAACUGCUGGAUAUGUGAUGAAGUACUUGGAGAAGAUCGUGUUCGUGAUCAUGAUCAUCUCACUGGCAACUACCGUGGUGCUGCACACUACCAGUGUAAUAUUCAGCUAAGUAUCUACCCAGAUCGCCAGAUCAUUCCGGUUGUGUUUCACAACCUGAAAGGGUACGAUGCUCACCACCUCAUCGCCCACAUUGGUAUGACCGAGGUUGAAGAGGUGGAGUACGAGGACUCUAACCAGCGUAAGCGGAUUAAGAAGGUUGGUGAGAUCAGUGUCAUCGCCAACAACAUGGAGAAAUAUAUUUCAUUCAAGUGGCGUCAGUACCGCUUCAUCGACUCCAUGGCCUUCUUGAACUCCUCUCUUGACUCGUUGGUGAGCAACACCCCGGAAGAUGCGCUCAAGCUUACUCGUACAUUGGCCCAUCAUGACCUUCUCCUGCGUAAGGGUGUCUACCCCUACGAGUACAUGGACUCCUUUGCUCGGUUUGAUGAGACACAGCUGCCACCUAAAUCAGCAUUUGAGUCUAGUUUGACUGGAGAAGGUAUCAGUGAUGCCGACUAUGCCCAUGCUCAGAACGUAUGGCAGACAUUUGAGUGCAGUACAAUGGAGGCCUAUCAUGACCUCUAUUUGCAAACAGAUGUCUAUCUUCUAGCAGAUGUCUUUGAGCAUUUCCGCAAGACGGCAUACAAGACGUAUGGGUUGGAUCCAGCCCAUUACCUUACUCUCCCAGGAUAUGCAUGGGAUGCUCUACUACGGUUCACCCAGAUUGAACUGCAGCUGCUCACGGAUGUAGACAUGCAUCUGUUUGUCGAAGCCGGUCUACGUGGGGGCAUCUCAAUGGCGUCGCAGCGGUACGGCAAGGCCAACAACCCAACGAUGGAUCAGUACAAUUCUGCCGAGCCCACAUCAUACCUGCUAUACCUUGACGCCAACAACCUGUAUGGCUGGGCCAUGUGCCAGAGUAUGCCGACAUCCGAGUUUGCCUGGUGUGACAAGAACCUGUCCGAGAUACUGGCACACCCUGUAGAUUCGAGCUCUGGGUUCAUUGUGGAGUGUGAUCUUGAGGUACCCUCUUCGCUGCACCACUACUUCAAUGAUUAUCCACUCGCACCGGAAGUGAUGAGAACAUUCUCAGAUAAGCUAUCACCAUACCAACAAGCACUUGUGGAGGAGCUCAAAGUGUCAGCCGUAGAUGGAGUCAAAUUGACACCCAGUCUCCUACCCAAGUCCAAAUAUGUGUUACACUACCGUACACUGCAGCUGUAUUCGCGUCUGGGCAUGGUGGUGACCGCUGUUCACAAGGUGUUGGGAUUUCAGCAGAGUGCCUGGAUGGCUCCCUACAUCAAUCUGAACACUGCACUUCGCACGAGGGCUACAACCGACUUUGAGAAGAGCUUUUACAAGCUGAUGAACAACUCAGUCUUUGGCAAGACGAUGGAGAACGUUCGUAAUCGAAUACGCAUCGAUCUCUUGCGAGAAGAAAGUGAGGAGCAGGUACUGAGGGCAGUGAGCAAGCCUACAUAUGUGCGGCACGACAUUUUCCCGAACGGGCUUGUCGGAAUAGAAAAGCAGCACACUGAGAUCAAGCUCAACAAGCCGGUCUAUGUGGGUAUGUCGAUACUAGACCUGUCAAAGGUGCACAUGUACUCCUUCUACUACGAUGUGCUGAAGGAGCAGUACGGUAGCAGAAUCCAGCUGUUGUACACCGACACCGACUCUGUUAUUGUGCACAUAACCACCGGUGAUGUUUAUGCAGAGAUGGAUCUGUCUCUGUAUGACACCAGCAACUUUCCCACUGACCAUCCUCAGUACACUUCUGUCAAUAAGAAAGUGGUUGGCAAAUUCAAAGAUGAGCUUGGUGGGAAAUCCAUGGUGGAGUUUGUAGGUCUAAGAUCGAAGAUGUACUCCUACAUCGGGCAGGAAUCAGCCAAACGGGCCAAGGGUGUGCGGAAGGCAGUCCUGGCAAAUACCAUCACCCACGAGGACUAUGUAGAUGCACUGCUCAGUCAUCGUGUGUCUUCCAGGCCUAUGACGGGUCUCCGAUCACAUUGCCACGCAGUGUAUGAGGAGGUAACCACCAAGGUGGCAUUGUCUCCAUUCGACUGCAAGCGGUACAUACUGGAUGAUGGCAUGGCCACACUUGCAUAUGGUCACAAGGACAUUUAAUGGACAGGGCCCCACAUUGAACAUGUUUCAUCAUUUUCAUACAAAACUCCCCGCCGUUCUUCUGUCAUUAAUUCCUCCUAUCUUGGCGUGUGGGGCCGGUUCCAACAAUAUACAUUUUUGUUAAAUAUUUCAGGCUUGUGCCUCAAUCAUAUUGCAGGAUAUAGUGCAUCGUGCGGUAUAAUAAUCUUCAUCGUAUCAUCAAAUAUUACCCUACACACUUUGGUUUGCAGUGUGUGCACAGCAUAGUCCAUAUAUCAUCAAAUUGAUCAAGUUCAGUAACUGCGGGCAUAUAUUUCCCUAGCUUGAGAAAAUGCUUAUAUACUUGCGUAAAUUUAUGCUCACAAUGAUGACAUUAAAAUGAGAUUAACUCUGC